AUGGGGGUUUCCAAAAAAUGGGUUUGCAUGGUUCUUCUUUUGAUAGCCAUUGCUUCUCAGUUGAGCGUAAUGUCUCUUGGAAAUAUACUAGGCGGUAAUGAUUGUGGAUUUGGUAGGAAAGGUUGCGGUGGCGUGAGAGGUGGUGGUGGGUUAGGAGGCGGAGGUGGUGGAGGUUUAGGGGGAGGUUCUGGAAAGGGUGGUGGGUUUGGAGCUGGAGUGGGAGGUGGAGUUGGUGGUGGUGGCGGAAUUGGCGGAGGUGGUGGCGGCGGAAGUGGUGGGGGUGGUGGUAUAGGGGGAGGGUCUGGGAAAGGUGGUGGAUUUGGAGCUGGAGGAGGCGUUGGAGGUGGUGUAGGUGGUGGAAUAGGAGGCGGUGGUGGCGGAGGAAGUGGUGGAGGUGGUGGCUUAGGAGGCGGGUCGGGUAAAGGUGGCGGCUUUGGAGCCGGGGGAGGAGUUGGUGGCAGCGGUGGUGGUUUAGGUGGUGGUGGCGGAGGAGGAAGCGGUGGUGGUGGUGGUUUAGGGGGAGGUUCAGGCAAAGGUGGUGGAUCUGGAGUUGGGGGAGGCGUUGGUGGUGGUGGUAUAGGUGGUGGUGUAGGAGGUGGUGGUGGUGGAGGGAGUGGUGGUGGAGGUGGUAGUGGUGGAGGUGGUGGUCUAGGUGGAGGUUCAGGAAGUGGUGGCGGGUUCGGGGCUGGAGGUGGAGUAGGUGGUGGUGCUGGAGGUGGUGGCAUUGGUGGAGGAGGAGGAGGUGGAAGUGGUGGUGGUGGCGGUUUAGGUGGAGGGUCAGGUAAUGGUGGUGGAUUUGGAGCUGGAGGAGGAGUAGGUGGCGGUGGAGCUAGCGGUGGCGGCCUUGGUGGAGGCGGUGGUGGAGGAAGUGGUGGAGGUGGUGGUUUAGGAGGAGGUUCAGGUAAAGGUGGUGGAUAUGGAGCCGGAGGAGGAGUAGGUGGUGGUGCAGCUGGAGGGGGUGGCCUUGGGGGAGGUGGAGGUGGCGGAAGUGGUGGAGGUGGUGGUUUAGGAGGAGGUUCAGGUAAAGGUGGUGGAUAUGGAGCCGGAGGAGGAGUAGGUGGUGGUGCAGCUGGAGGGGGUGGCCUUGGGGGAGGUGGAGGUGGCGGAAGUGGUGGAGGUGGUGGUUUAGGGGGAGGUUCGGGAAGUGGUGGUGGAUUUGGAGCGGGGGGAGGAGUUGGCGGUGGUGCAGGAGGUGUUGGUGUUGGAGGUGGUGGCGGUGGUGGUAGUGGUGGGGGUGGUGGUCUCGGAGGUGGUUCAGGAAGCGGUGGUGGAUUUGGAGCCGGAGGAGGAGUAGGUGGUGGUGCUGGAGGUGUAGGCGUUGGCGGGGGUGGUGGUGGAGGUAGUGGCGGUGGUGGUUCAGGCCAAGGUGGAGGGUUUGGAGCUGGGGGUGGCGUUGGUGGAGGAAGUGCCGGGGGUUUAGGUGGUGGAGGUGGAGCUGGUGGAGGAGGAGGUGGCGGCUUAGGUGGUGGCGGAGGCUUGGGGAAGGGUGGUGGUCUUGGUGGUGGACUUGGUGGUGGUCAUGGUGGUGGUGGUGGAGUGGGAGUAGGGGUCGGCAUUGGAGUUGGAGUAGGAGUGGGUGGCGGUAGUGGUGGAGGCGGUGGUAUCAGGGCAGGGAGUGGCUUUGGAGGCAGCGGAAACUAA